CUGCUGGCUCAGCAUGUGGUGCGCGAGCCCAAUAGCAAUGAUGACCUUGUGCGCCGGGAUUUGGGUCUCUAACUCUGUUCCGGCCCAGAGCCAGGAGGCCCAGGGGUGGCCGGGGACCGACUGUGAAGUAUGUAAAGAAUUCUUGAACCGAUUCUACAACUCCUUGAUAGCCAAAGGAGUUAACUUUUCUCUGGACAUCAUAGAAAAAGAAUUGAUCAGUUUUUGCCUGGAUGCCAAAGGAAAAGAAAACCGUCUGUGCUAUUAUCUUGGAGCAACGAAAGAUGCAGCCACAAAGAUCCUAAGUGAAGUCACUCGCCCAAUGAGUGUGCAUAUGCCUGCAGUGAAGAUUUGUGAAAAGCUGAAGAAGAUAGACAGUCAGAUCUGUGAGCUGAAAUACGAAAAGAAGUUGGACUUGGCAUCAGUUGACCUGUCGAAGAUGAGAGUAGCAGAGCUGAAACAGAUUCUGUAUAGCUGGGGAGAAGAGUGCAGGGCCUGCGCGGAAAAAACAGACUACGUGAAUCUGAUUAAAGAACUGGCACCCAAGUAUGCAGCGAAGCACCGAAAUACAGAGCUCUGAAUCUCAGCCGCCAGCACA